AUGGGGGAGGGGGCACCUCGCAACGGAGGUCUGGAAAUGCCUGAGCCGAAAUACUGGCUGUUCAAGUCGGAGCCCUCUGCCUACUCCUUCCACGACCUGCUGAACGAGGAGAACAGCACGGCAGAGUGGGACGGCGUGCGUAACUAUCAGGCCCGCAACUUCAUGCGCGACGAUAUGAAGGUGGGCGACCGCGUCCUGUUCUACCACAGCAGCGCCAAGCCCACCGCCGUCGUCGGCACAGCCCGCAUCGUCAAAGAGGCCUACCCCGACGCCACGGCCUGGGACCCCAACGACAAGCACUACGACCCCCAAGAGCAGUCCCGGCGAAACCGUCUGGCGAACCCCAAGCUGAAGGAUAUGCUGCUCAUCCGCAAGGGGCAGCGCCUGUCCAUCCAGCCGGUGACCAGAGAGGAAUACGACGAAAUUAUUACGAUGGGCAACGGCUAG